AUGUCCGUAAAACUGACAACCAUUUUUAGAAUCUUAAUUUGUGAAUUUUAUGGACAUUAUGGUCAACGUGGUCAUGUGAACCAAGAUAUUCUUCCUCAGAUUUCCGCUACAUAUGGUCCUUGUACGUGCUCAGAUCUUUUCAGUUUUUUAACUGCGAAACGUUCCUAUAAAGUGUACGUUAACGAUUUACUAAGGUCGCCAUCAGUAGCAGAAGGCCAUAUUCCUGCACGAUUCCAGAAAACGGUGAAGAAAACGGAAAGGAAAGGGGAACAUUCCUUUAUCAAGGAAGUGAGCUCUGCAACGAGGAGUGGAGAAGAACGUGGGAGAGAGCUCCAAAAGUAUACCGGUUUUGUAAAUGCACCUUAA